AACAAACAAACACACCCAAAGACAAAGACAAGCAAAAGAAAAGAAAACAUAACAAAGAGUACAGCAAAUUAAAGAACUAGGAAAGCUAAAGCCAUAAGGGCCUACACUCCAUUAUUAAAACCUCCCAGCCCAACAUAAAUCUUGGCUAAGCAACCCCAUUUAGAUUCUCCAAUAAAACGACAUGAACAUCUUUUGAGAUCGUCUCAAACGUAACAAACCAAGUCUUGAUCCCCCAACGCGAUUACUCCAUAAUAAAUUAAUAAAUUGCUCUUAUGAAGUUAGGAUGCAAACAAAAUCACACAUCGGUCCGUAGUUUAAAUAUUAAUUUUACUUUAAUAUUUCUACUUUUAUUUUUCUAAUCUAAUAUUCCGGACGCUCGUUAGCUAUUGCCUUUAUACAUAUAAGUAGCUAGUAUUUCACUAAUGUUAUCGUUAAUAACAAAAUUAUUGUCUUUUUUAGUAAUCAAUCUAAUCAUCAAUUUAUUGUAGCAAGAUUUUUUAAUUUUCUUUUUCCAACUUUAAUUCAAACAAUCUAGUGGACCUCUAUUUGGAGAAAUUUCACAUUAAGACAACAACUUCCUUCAACCUUGAUAUUCCGUUCGGUUGGAUACGUCUCUACUCUCUAACUAGUAACUACUAACCAUGUGUUUCUCGCCGUAAAAUAAAAUAAAAUAAAAAAUAAAAAAUAAAAAAAAAUAAAAAAAAAAAACCCACAAAAUCAACAAUUCUAAAUUAAACAGGCCUAAUCUAAAUAUUAUUGAACUUCAACAAAUUUCACAAGAAAAACAUCAAUGGAAGACAACAAAAAGCUCAACAUAGUUAUGUUUCCAUGGCUAGCAUUUGGUCACAUUAUACCUUUCCUAGACCUUUCCAAGCACUUAGCUACUAAGGGACACCACAUUUUCUUUGUGUCAACCCCUCGAAACCUCGAACGCCUUCCAAAAAUCCCUGAAAGGCUAGCCACUUUGAUCACUCUAGUCCCUCUUCUGUUGCCUCGAGUUGACAACCUACCACCUGGUGCUGAGGCUACUUCCGACGUUGGCUUUGAAAUUGGAACUAAUCUCCUUAAGAAGGCCUUUGAUGGUCUACAACAACCCAUGACCGAGUUUUUAUUACAAUCUUCUUGUUGUUUGGAUUGGAUCAUUUACGACUUCUGUUGUUACUGGAUACCUCCUAUUGCUGAUAAACUCGGUAUUUGUAAGGUGUACUUCAACAUAACAGCAGCAAGGACACUUUCAGCUUUUCCUACAAAGUUGAUGGAAGCCGGUUCGGGUACUUGGACCGACCCCUGUUGUCCUCCCCCUUGGAUUCCGUUUCCUAAGAGCUCUGUCUAUUUUCUUCAACAUGAGUCAAGAAACAUCACACAUACUGCAAGAAACAUAACAUCUUCUGGUGUUUCUGAUGGCUUUCGAGUCAAGUGUUCUGUUAGUGGCUGCGAUUUGAUUGUUGUUCGGAGCUGGAGAGAGCUGGAGGCAGAGUAUCUUCAGCUUGCUGAAGUUCUUAAUGAAAAAACUGUGCUUCCUUUGGGGUUGCUACCGCCUUCUUUGGAAGAUCAGGGUCUAGGAGAUGAUGAUGAUUCAUGGAAGUUGAUCAACAGCUGGUUGAACAAACAAAGAAAGGGAUCAGUUGUGUAUGUAGCCUUUGGCAGUGAGUUUGAACCGAAUCAAGACCAACUCAUGGAGCUGGCACUCGGGUUAGAGCAAUCCGGAUUGCCAUUCUUCUGGGCGUUUAGGAGAUCAGAAGUGUCAAUACUGAAGCUGCCUGAGGGGUUUGAGGAACGAACACGAGGCCAAGGGAUGGUUUGGACUAGUUGGGCACCUCAACUUAGGAUACUCAGUCACGAGUCUGUAGGAGGGUUCUUAACGCAUUGUGGGUGGAGCUCGAUCAUAGAAGCACUUCAAUUCGGAAAGCCACUAGUAAUGCUACCAUUAGCUAUUGAUCAUGGGUUGAUUGCUAGAUUUAUGAGCCAGGAUAAAAAGGUUGGGAUUGAGAUACCAAGAAAUACAGAGGACGGAUCAUUAACUAGAAGCUCAGUUGCUGAAUCACUCACACUGGUGCUCCAAGAUGAAACUGGUAAGAUGUUUAAAGAUGAAGCAGAGAAAUUGAGUAUCAUUUUCGCUGACAAAAGUAUGAACGGACAGUAUGUUGAUGAAUUUUCUGAGUAUCUUUGCAACCACAAACCUAAAAUAAGGCAACAAAGUGACAAUUUGGUUGAAUAAUGAUCAAAUUUAGUGUAUAAAUUGCUAUUGUCUAGUUCAAUAGCAACAAUAAAAUUACCUAAAUUGUAUUCUAGUAAUGUUGGUUUGUUUAUUUACAGUGUAUUCUGAAGUUCUUAUAAUGUCUGUAAACUUUCCC